AUGUCAUUUUAUGGCGAACAGGACAAGCCAAAAGGCAAAUGGGACCGAGAAGAGUACGCACGAAGGGGUAGAGAGAGGGAGCAGGCCGAGUAUGAACGACGUCAAAGACACGGUCGUGAGCCGACUCCUGAGAAUGCAAAAGAAGCGACCCAUCGAGCUCAGCGUGUGGAUAUUUAUGAAGGAUUGAAUCAAGUGACGCUGGUGCCAGCAGGAGCGGCCACCGGUAAACGAGGCAAAGGAGCCGGGUUCUACUGUGAAGCAUGUGAUCUGACAUUCAAAGAUUCGAUCCAGUACCUUGAUCAUAUCAAUUCGAAGCAGCAUUUGUAUGCCACUGGCCAAGUCGAGUGCACCCGACGAGCUACACUCGAAGAAGUCCGCAACCGGUUGGACUACCUUCGAGCCCUGAAAAAACAGCAAAGCCAGAACCUGGAGUACGAUAUCACUAAACAAAUCGAACUCCGCAAACAACUCGAGCAACAGGAACUCGAACAAAAACGCAAAAAACGAGCCGAACGCAAAGCCAAGUCCAAAUCCUCUGUAGCCCCUGCUCCAGUCACGGACAUGUCACAACUCAUGGGGUUCUCUGGAUUCGGGUCGUCGAAACGGUAG